CGACUGUCCCAGAUCGACCCAACACACUCCUGCUGUUUACAUGGCAAUAAUGAAUAGGAAAUAAAAGUGCUAUAGCGGUGUUAUAUGCGCGUGAAACGCAAAUAUUUCCAUUUUUUCCCCAAAAUAUCACUUACUAACUCUGCAUAUACGGGGUUCAACAUUCAAUUCUUGUUUUCCUCUUGAGACUACCGGUGUGUAGACAGCUAUGGGCGGGCUGGGAAAUGGACGUCGUGGAGGAAGAUCACCCCCUCUAAUGAUCGGCGCUCUAAUUGCCUGUAUUCUGGUUUUGGGUUUUAACUACUGGGUGUCAAGCUCCCGCAAUGUGGAGCUAGAGACUAAGUUGUAUGAGUUGGAAGGCCAGGUCCAGCGUGGAGCAGCAGAGAGAGGAGUAGUGGAGCUGAAGAAGACUGAGUUCCAGGAGGAAAUCCAGAGACAGAAGGAGCAGAUUAGCCACAUAGAAAGCCUCUACAAGAGACAACUGGAAGGAUCUCAGAACACCUGCAGCCAAGAGAAGGGCACACUGCAGCAGAACAUUUCCUCUAGCACCAAAACCAUACAGGAACUCAAGGGUCAGUUGAAAGAGCUAAACGAUGACCUGGGGAAGGUUCAGAAGGAGCUGCAAAGUUGCCAGGGCAACAUCAAAAACCUCAACAACAGACUCACUUACGACAUGACCCAUUGCCAUUCUCAGGUCCUAUCUCAGAAAGAGUUGUGUGAUGAGAGAGUGGCUGCUGCUAAACUUGAUGUUCAGAAGAAAAUGGAAAAGCUCAUCUCUCCUUCAGGUGUUUCCUCAAAGCCCGAACAUGCAGCGGCUGGAGAAACUAAAGAGGACGGAGGAGUCACUACUGGGGCUGAUGCCGUAAAAACAGAAACUGUAGUGAGCAACACAACCCUCUCACAGCCCAACGGAGAUGAUCCACCCGAGCUGCUGACCAAUGAGAUCGUUGUGGACAAAAAUCCUAAUACCCCAGUGGACCUGCCUGCAGGGAAAGAUCCCUCCAAAAUAGAAUACCAGUCUGUCCCCUCAGCUGCUGCAGUCAAGCAGGAAACUUUGCUACCACCAGAGGGGGCUGUCACACCAAAAGAGGGGGAGGCAGAGACCAGUGAGCCUGUGAAGGAUAACCUGACAGAGGACAAAGAGAUGGAGGUGAUGGACGUCCAUGGAGAGGACACUCAGGCUGAAGAGGCAGACCCUGGGAUGGACGGCAUGCUUAUUGGCCGGGUGAAGGCAGACGAAACUGUUCUUAGUCAGAAACCUGAGGAAGAAUAUGACGCAGACGAGCAAGUGGUGGGUGGAAUCGAUUUGGAGAAACAACGGCAGAGUAAACUAGCUGAAAAUAUAGACAAAGACAUGGAGGAGGAGCUGGCUGACUAUAACGGAGAUGAUGAGAACGAAGGCGAGUUUGAAGCAGACAAACAAGCUGAACUUGCCCAGAUCUAAGGGCUGGAGUUAGAGAAGGAGCUUGCACAACACAUAAGGAAACAGGACCCAUCAUACACCUCAGCAGAGGUUAAUGCGGCCCUUGGAACACAGUGAGCACAAACAAAACCAGAUGAACAUCUUUAUAGGAAAGACAUCACACUUUAGUUUUGUUUGAUUUCAAAAUCCUUUGCUUUUUGGAAUGUUUUUUAUUAUGUCAUCUCUAAAAGGAUUAUGUACAAUUUAAAGGAUUAUGUACAAUUUAUUUAAUUACAAUUCUCAGACAUAAUAUAGGUUGCCAGUUUUCUGUAUCAGAGUACGCAUAUUUAGGACUUCAUGUUCAACUCUGAAAUAUGCAAAUGUCAGCCAAACGUGUGCAAAUGUGGUUUCUAAUCGAACGCAUUCACUGUAUAAAUGUAACCCCAUGGUUUCUGUUAUUGUGAUGAUUGUGCUCAUUGAUUUCGGUAUGAAAAAGUUAUAUGGAAGUACUUCUAAGUACUACCACAUACCCACCUCCUCGUGUUGCUUAAAUAUUAUUGAUGACAUUUCAAGACUUGACACCAGUGGGAUGGAACCAUUUCAUCACUGCUGGGAUUAGUAGCCUUUGACCAUGUGAUUAGAUGUGUUUAUUAUGUUCACUCCAUAAUGACGGUAACUUGAAUGAUGACACAAAUGUGAUGAUGAUGUGCAGACCCUUAAAGGGCCUUUAGGUGUGUAUUACUGUAGUAUGCUGACUACGGGUCAAUAGCUGGAACAUGUCAUUUAACGAAAGGUCUGUCAGAGAACGCAAAUGAGGUUUUCUAUAGCUCUAGCAAUUGAAGGAAAAGUUCUCAGAUUCUUGUUGGACUGCUGAGUACAUCUGUGUCAUUAGAGGCAGCGGCUUAUCAUGUUAUGUGUAACAGGAAAUUCUUUUAUCUAUCAGAAAUAAUGUCUAGAUCGUCUCUUGAUUGAAUUUGGGAUCAACAUUUGGGAUCAUUUAGAAAGAAAAACUGUUUCAGAAUAUAAUGAAGCGAGUUAUUUCAAACAUCUUUUCAUUUUUUGUCUCAUGCCUUAUUGAUUAUGUGUACACCGGUUUUUCCCAUAACUGAGUUUGGACCUUAACGCUGUGGAUACUGCCUCUGCUUAGCUGAAUUUAAUGGACUUUUUUAUUUGCGUGAAGCACAUUUCUUUGUUUGGCAUUGGGGCUCUUAUUAUCCAUCCAUUGUGAAAACAUUCAGCAUUUUUUAAAUGUCCCUUCAACUUAAAGCUGUAUUAGCAUGGAAUGUGUGUCUGUGAGAGAAAACAUGAACUUAGGCAUCAGAAAUUAACAAAAAGUAAAAUAGUAUUAGUUUUAUUGCCUUGUGUUUUAUACAGGACAGAUGAUUUUACUUCAUUUUAAAGAUAUUGUUUCCUGGUAUUUCAUUUAAAAGGUAUUACUCAAUACCCACACUUACUCAGUAUGUGUCAGUUUGCCAUCAUUUCAAUCAUGCUUUGACUUAUCAACAAUUCAACCACUGAAGUAUUUCCAAUGUCUUAAACCUCACAGUUUCAAGCGGUCGUUACAAUUGGGCUGCCAGUUAUUUUUAAAUCCACCAUUUUCAGUCACGAUGCUGAGAUUUUUACACAUAUGCUAAAUAAUGGCUUAAUAUCUCUAAAUGAUAAACUUCACAAUACCUAUAGUUUCCAUAUGAAUGUAAAGGUUUAGCCAUAAAAUCCUGGUCUUGAAUUAAUGAUGAUUAUCUUCAAUGAAAUGCACAAUGAGGAAUAUUUAUAUACAUAUAUUGGACAUUGUUGACCGCAUGAUCCCCAUGAACAAUAAACAUGUCCUAACACAAUGCAGAUGUUUUGUAAACCUUUUUGACAUUGAAAACAAAAUGACAUUUUUUACAUCUUUAGCUUCUCACCAAAAUGAAGAUAAGAUGGUGUCGUUCAUACUUUGAGGACUUGACAGUGAUUUAAAACCACAUGUGUUUGUUAUGUUUGACCCGAUAAAUUCUGUGUGAUGUAAUGGGAGGAACAUUUCAGUACAAAAUCCUUCAGUAGGUUACUUUUGUCUAAUGAAUUAUUCCCAUCAGGGAAUAAAUAUCUCCGUCACUAUGAGGAAAACAUUGAGGUGGGGGGUACAGUACACGGGAAACCUACCAGGUAAAUACCAUUCUACUAGCACAAAAUCUACCAAAAAAAAAGCAUUACAAAUGAAUGUGAUUAAUGAUCUCAAACCAUUUAGGUUUUAUUACGCUUCAUGAGGUUUAGACGUAUCACUGUGAGCUCGCUGGCUUUAUCAAACACUGGGAUGUAAAAUGUUGGCUAUUUAAAAGAUAAACAGAGUAGUAAAUAAACCAUUUGCAAAAAAUUUGCAGGUUGUCUUAGAAACAAAAGCAUUGUUCUGUUGGUUUAUUGUUUAGAAUAAGAUAAAUCAAAACACAUACUUAGAUGGUUGAUUAUUUGUAAAACUUGAAGGCAAAAGCAGCUUUGCAAAAAAUAAAAUGUUUUAAAUAAAAAAAGCUGUUCCAACACAUCUUCCUUGCAAGUCCCGUCCCAAGUCUCAAAUCUUUUAGUGAAGUUGAAGCCUUUUAACAAUUUGAUAACUGUAUGAGUGUUCAUGCGUGGGCUGGUGCUGAAAUAUCAUUCAAGGUUGCUGUCAAACUGACUUUUUCUUACAUCCAAUACUUAGUAUGGUCAGAAAGUUUUGUCUGCCUGCUUUUGUUAUUUGUCCAAUUUCUUUUCUGGAGUGAAAAUAUGUUUUAGAUUUUUAUAAAUUUGAUUUACUUUUUGUUUCUUUGGUGGACUAAAUUUGCUUUUCUUUUCUUUUGUUCUGAAUGUUGAACACAUUUGUGAAUGGUUUAAAUGAUCAAAGACUUUAUUGAUGAUAGAGAAUAAAAAAAAGUGUUUAUUGCAGAGA